CAAAAGAUUGCACAACUAGCGAAAUCUCGCCACCUUCAUGUUGCUAUCUAUGGCAAUGAGGUGACCGAGCAUUCGCAUCAAAAUCCACAAAAAAUUGAUAUGGUUAGUGCCACCACGAUGAUACUUUCCGGUCGAAAAAGUCCGCCUUUUCUUCCAACUCGAUUUAGAACACGGGUUGGCCCGGCACAGGGUUCCGGCUUGGGUCCCAAUGGGGCGAAAUUUAAGUUUCGAGAUGGGAUAACCAUGCGGGUUAUGGGUAAGCUUAUUUGCCUCCCGCACCCCCAGACAGACAACUAG